AUGGCUGCUGAUGAGAUUGUUUGGCAGGUCAUCAACCAGCAAUUUUGCUCAUUCAAACUAAAACUUUCUACGAAAGAGCAGACCUUCUGCCGUAACGAACAUAAUGUCACCGGCUUCUGCAAUCGACAAUCCUGUCCGCUCGCCAACUCCCGGUAUGCCACUGUGCGGCCCGAUCCCGCCACUGGUGCCCUCUACCUCUACAUAAAGACCCCAGAGCGUGUUCACCUGCCGUCACAAUGGUGGGAGAAGAUUCGUUUACCGCAAAACUAUGAGAAGGCACUGGCAAUGGUCGACGAGAAAUUGCUGUACUGGCCGAAGUUCUACACACACAAGUGCAAACAGCGUCUUACGCGGUUGACGCAGGUGGCGAUCCGUACGCGCAGGCUGGCGAAGGAGGAAGAGAGACUGGGAGAGAAGUUGGUGCCGAAGCUGGCUAGUAAAGUGCGGAGGAGAGAGGAGACGAGAGAGCGCAAAGCAGAGAGCGCCGCAAAGGUGGAGCGGGUUGUCGAGAGGGAGCUUAUUGAGCGAUUACGAAGUGGUGCUUACGGUGAGCGGCCGAUCAACGUGGAGGAGGGCGUAUGGAAACGGGUGUUGAGGGGGUUGGAGCGUGCAGAGAAAGGAGAAGACUUGGAGGACGAAGAGGAUGAAGAGGAGCUCGAAGAGGGCGAGGCUGAGGUGGAGUAUGUCAGCGACUUGGAAGAGAGCGAGGACGAACAGGAGAUGGAAGACUUUGAUGACUGGCUUGGAGGUGAGAGCCCGGAUGACAGCGAAGAAGGGAGCGAGGAAGAGGACAGUGACGAGAGCGAUGACUCCGAGGAGGAUGAGGAUGAGGACGCGAAGGCUGGUGCCAAGCGGAAGAGAGGCAAGCCUCAGCCAAAGUCCAGGAAGAAGCCGCCCAGGAUGGAGAUCGAGUACGAGACUGAACCGCUUCAGAAGGAAGCGCUACUGGCUUGA